AAAGGGAAGGGAGAGGGAAAAAAUCCAAAAUGGCCGACCUUUUGCUAGUCCCUUCCCUUAAAACGUCAGCAAUUGGAAGAGGAGGAUUGAAAAAAGUUCACUUAAUUCUGGUGCUUCGCUUUGAGUCGUUUGUUCACGUUUAGAUCACGUCCUGGCCGAUUCUCUUUCCUCUGGUGUUGUUUCACUAUUUAACAUCGUUUAAAGUGUUCAUUAUUCAAGUGAAAGAAUUGCAGAACCAAUUUCUUGGGCUAGUCCGUGCCACCUCAUCACUUUAUAAGAGGACAACGUUCGUCGAAGUUCUUUCUGCUAAACAAAAAUCAAUAAAAGCGCUAGGUACCACAGAAUGGCAGCAGGGCUGGGCAAGCAUCUAGGUACCAGACAACAAGAAGCGACGUUUAGACCUUCGUUUGCUGAUAAUUGGUGUGAAAUGGAUUUUGAGGUUACGAAAACCGAUUUAAAGUGGAACAUACCGUUUCCGUUUCUAGAAUAUCCUCUGACUUCUAUGGAAUCUUCAGAAUUUUCUUCGGGAGAUUAUUGUAAUUGGACUCUUUGUCUCAACAACAGGGAAGGACAUUUAUAUAUUUCUCAGAAUCUAAGACUCAUCAAGAACAAUUCUAAAAUUGCCCCAGCAAUUCAAGUGUUCACUGGAAUUGCAAAUAAAAAAGGCGAUUUGCUUUCCACAGAAACGGUCAUAUUGGAUAUAAAUAACUUCAUUCGUUCCAAAUCCUUGUAUGUGUCUACAUUCAAAAUUGAAGAACUUCUAAAAUCAAAAUUUUAUGAAAAAGAAGGCAACUGGGUCAUCUACUGUACUGUCAAAAUUUGGAAUCGUACAGAAACCAAAUCGUGCACAUCUUCGUCUAAAAUUACCUCUGAUGUUUUUCACAGUGAAUUAGUUUCGACGCAAUUUGAAGAACUAUUUAAAAACAAGACGCUAAGUGACGUUAACUUAAACGUCGGAGGGCAAAUUUUUCCCGCCCACAAAAAUAUUAUAGCAGCAAGUAGCAAAGUAUUUGCGGCCAUGUUUCAUCACGAAACAUCAGAGAAGUUGUCGAACAAGGUAGACAUCCAGGACAUCGAUCCGGACGUCUUUCAAGAGGUGCUUCGUUACCUGUACACUGGCCGGAUGUCUCGGGAAACGCUGGACAAAAUGGCGGUCGGUGUUCUGGCGGUGGCGGAUAAAUAUUUGCUGGAUGAGUUGAAAGCCGAGUGCGAAAAUCAUUUGAUGAAGAGGAUGUCCGCCGACAACUGCGCAGAGUUGCUUGCAUUUGCUGCCCAGCCACAUCCAGCGAUCAAUUUGAAAAAGUAUGCUGUUGAUUUCCUCCGGCGUUACCCUGACCUUGUGAUGGCGACUGAUGGAUGGCAAAAAGCGAAAAAAGAGAAUCUCGUUUGGUCGUGUGAAUUAAUCGAAAUGCUGUGCGGCCGGAAGCUGUUAGAUGUCUAGCAUUAGAUGAGAAAUCGCCGUAUUGUUGGACGAAAUUAAUCUAGAAUCGAUCUGUUCCAGAAUUGUUGGUCUAGUUUUGGUGUGUCAUUUACAUUAUACCAAAGUUUCAUCUUCAAUGUUGUGAUUGGAGAACAAGGAAAUAGGAAAAAUACAAAGAAAAAUGAGUCAUAA